AGAGUCAGUCCCUACCACCCACUUUGUUGAUUAUAAUUAAAUUUUCCAUCUCAUUCUUAAUCUAAUUUUACUAUCAUCACUUAGAUUUUCAAAUGGCUACGUCAGAAAUAAUUCAUGAGUUUCCUGGUUUUUUCAAAGUCCACAAAGAUGGCCGCAUUCAGAGAUAUUUGGAUUCUGAUUUUGUGUCUCCAGGUCUAGAUGAAGAAACCGGAAUCCAAUCCAAAGAUCUCCUCAUCUCAUCGGAAACCUCCGUCAAGGCCCGAAUCUUCCUUCCAAAAAUAACACAUCCACCGCAAAAGCUUCCUCUCCUUAUCCACUACCACGGCGGCGGAUUUUGCAUUGGAUCAGCCUUUUCAAGCCCCUUCGCCAAAUUUCUUUCUGCUUUAGCCUCUCAAGCCAAUGUCAUCGCCAUGUCCGUUGAAUACCGCCUUGCGCCGGAGCACCUUCUUCCGAUUGCCUACCACGAUUCAUGGGACGCGCUUCAGUGGGUAGCUCAACACUCCGCCGGACAAGGACCCGAAUCAUGGAUUAACCAGUAUGCUGAUCUUGAACGGGUCAUCUUAGCUGGCGAGAGCGCCGGAGCUAACCUGGCACACUACGUGGCUGUCCAAGCCGGAGCGAGGGGAUUGGCCGGCGUUAAAAUAACUAGGUUACUGAUCGUGCAUCCCUAUUUUGGUCGGAAAGAGGCGGAUGAAAUCUAUAAGUAUAUGUGUCCGACGAGCUCCGGGACGGAUGAUGACCCGAAGCUGAACCCGGCGGUGGACCCGGAUUUGAAGAAAUUGAAGUGUGAGAGAGUUCUGGUUUGUCUGGCGGAGGAAGAUUAUUUGAAAAGCAGAGGGGAAAGUUAUUAUGAAACGAUGAGCAAAUGCGGGUGGGGCGGAGAGGUGGAGUGUUAUGUUAGCUCCGGCGAAGGUCAUUGCUUUCAUUUCUUUAAUCCGACAAGUCCCAAUAUUAAGCCUCUCAUCACUAGAAUGGUUGAUUUCAUCAAACACUAAAAAUAAUACUCAUGCAAAUGCAGUGAGUACAAUUUAAGGCACUUUUCAAGGAGUAUUAUUUAUGUCAUUAAUUUAAGAUUUGUUUUUUAUUUGAUAA